ACAUCUACUGAGGGAACAGAAGAAAUUAAUCUAGGGAGGCCACAGGGAUUUAGAGAGCAUUGGGGCUGCUGCUGCCAUAAGAAGACACAGACUUGAAACCUAAGGGCCAAAGAGGACAGGGAUUCAGAGGACCAUUUGAGAUCCUAGGAAUUCUGUGGAAUAAGAAUGAACAGUUUAUAGAGCUUCCAGAUCAUGUCCUUGAAAAGACCAGGGUCUGAGGGGAGGAGUUAAGUUAAAGCAGAAGCCUGGUAUUAUCAGUUGCUUCCCUUUGGUCAUGUCUAGGGAUGUAGCCAGAGAAAUGCCUCUAGACUCCCCUCCUAAGGAGCCAAGUUGGUCAUGGAUGAAGAUGAAAGAAGGUUUCCUUUCAAAGUGCCCUUGGAUAUGGGAAUGGGGUCAUGGGCUGGGCUUCUCUCAUUUCAGCCUAGGAUUUUUCCUUCUGUUGACAGUGAUUCUUCCAAGCAUUCACUGUGUCUUGGGAUCAAUGUAUUCUUCUUCUUAUGAAAUAGUCAUCCCCAAGAGAUUAAUGACUUGGGAAGGAGAAGAAAGAGUUGAAAGACUCUCCUAUUCAAUAUUUAUGAAAGGCAAGAAGGUGGUGAUACACCUGAAACAAAAGAAAGGGCUGUUUGUUAACAACUUCCCUGUUUAUACCUAUUCCAAUGGGAAGCUCAACCUUGACAUGCCUUUUCUCCUAAAUGAUUGUUACUAUGAUGGGUACGUGGAAAGCUAUCUGAAGUCCCUGGUGUCUAUCAGCACCUGCUCAGGCCUCAAAGGUUUAAUCAACAUAGAGGGAAAAGUCUAUAGAAUUGAGCCCAUUGAUGCCUCGAGUAACUUUGAACACAUCCUGUACCAAACAAAAAGUGAUGAACAAGAUUUCUGUUCGGGGCCUGUGAGAGAACAGCCUGAAUUUGAGAGCAAUCUGGAAACAAGAGGAAUGAUGGUCAUGAGUGGGGCAAAAUUUACCCAAUUUGUGCAUUAUGAAUGGCCAUACAACAAGAUAGUGAAAAUAUUUACUGUGGUUGACAACAAGAGGUUCCGAAAUUGGGAUCGCAAUGUGACCAAGACCGCCCAUAUGGUGAUGGAAGUGCUCUCCAUCGUGGAUACCUACGUCAAUCCAAUCAAAGUCAAAAUCUUCUGGGUUGGUUUAGAGAUCUGGACAGGGAGGGAUGAAAUCAAAAUUUCACAAAGUUUGAUAGAAACUCUUAAGGUUUUCAAUGAAUGGAGGAUCACAGAUCUCUUACCAAGGGUUUUUCAUAAUGUUGCCCAUCUGAUUGUAGGGCAUGAACCUGGAAGCAAAGCAGGACACUCCUACCUCGGUGGUAUCUGUUCAUCUUCCCAAGCUGCGGCAGCUCUAGCCUUCCCUCAUGAAGAUGUGGCCCGCUUUGCCUCUCUCAUGACCCAUGAGUUGGGCCAUAGUAUGGGCAUGGAACAUGAUUCCCAAUACUGCAUGUGUGGUGAUGAAUAUUACUGCAUAAUGCAUGAGCUUGUCUCUCAAAAACAGCUUUUUAGCAACUGCAGCUUAGAGUACUUCUAUAAAUUCCUGUAUGGUGCACAUUCGGGAUGCCUCUAUGGAGAGCCAGAACCCACAAGUAUAUUCAGGGUGUCAGUCUGUGGGAACGGAAUAUUAGACAGAGAGGAAGAGUGUGACUGUGGAAAUGAAGAGACCUGUGCAAAUGACCCUUGCUGCCUUCCCACCUGCAGGCUGACUGAGGGCUCCACUUGUGCUUUUGGGCCCUGCUGCAAAAAUUGUAAUAUUCAGAGGGCAAGUGAGGUGUGUCGUCCCAGCAAGAAUGAAUGUGACCUCCCUGAAUAUUGCAAUGGCACCUCCAUUUGGUGUCAGCCAGAUGUCUACAAACAAGAUGGCACCGAGUGCAAGGAUGGCUAUUGCUAUGAGGGGUUUUGUCACAGCCUGGAUAAACAGUGUGUUGAGAUCUUUGGUGAAGGCUCCAGGAAAGCCCCAGAUAGUUGCUAUGAGAGUAUAAACAGUAAGGGGGACCGGAUCGGGAACUGUGGCCCUUCAAUUAAUGGUCUACGCAGGCGCUUUCGAAAAUGUGAACCCAAAGAUAGCAGGUGUGGAAGGCUUCUAUGUCAGAACAUUCAAAAGUUGCCCUACUCCAAGAACCACCAUACCUUUUUCCAACUGCCCUGUGAGGGUUCAUGGUGCUGGGGAGCGGACCUCUUAGAGGAGUUAGGGGAAAAAGAUCGAGGAGAAGUGUACGCUGGUACAGUGUGUGACGAGGAGAAGAUAUGCCUUAACAAUAUAUGUUCUGAUAGACACAUACUCAGGCAAAGUGUAAUUUGGUGCCUCAUCUUUCUGGCCUAUUCCCAGAGAAGAAGUGCAAAAUGGAAAAGUCUCUCAAACUGUGGUCCAGAACAGCACACAGAUCUUCCCAACCAAGGCGAACCUGAGAAAGAAAAAUUGGGGCUGGGAUCCCCAGCAAGGAGUGAUGACUUCUAGCAUCGCAUCUGUGGAAUGAUACCAAAUCAUGCUUUGGAAGUACAACUGUUAAUUGAAGCAGGAAAUAUUUGAAUAAAAGGAUAAGUGAAAAUGGAA